CAACCCCCCAUGUCUCUAUUAGUCCCCGACAAGCGUGAUCACCAAGAUGCCCAUGCAGAUCUUGAUCAAGACAAAAAAUAUCACUUCCACCUCUCGCAAACCACGCCCAAGUGGCUUUUUGAACCUGUGGAUGGAUUUUUCCUUCAGUCAGCGGCUGAAACCGAUGACAUGGAGUUCAGAUAUACCCUCCAGGACUUUGGGGCAGCGCAACCGUGGUCUCAUCUCAUAAAAAGGUUAGAUGAACUUAAUCUGCAGUCUGAAUCUGGUGUAAGGUACAAGUUAUUGUUCCUUGCCCGCCAUGGUCAAGGGUGGCAUAAUGUGGUGACUAAAAAGUACUCCAAGGCUGAUUGGUUUUCCAAGUGGAGAUACUUAGGCACUGACGGAGACCUCGUUUGGGGUCCCGAUGCCAAAUUAACUCAACUUGGCAUUGACCAAGCUAGGGAGAAUCACCAAGCAUGGAAAUUACAGUUGAGUAAAGGUUGUCCUAUGCCUGACAAGUUUUAUGUUUCGCCUCUUUCGAGGUCAAUAAAUACCCAUAAUAUUACUUGGCCCGAUACUAACCCAGUAGUUAUCGACAAGUUGAGAGAAACAAUCGGAGUUCACUUGUGUCAUAAACGAAGCACUAAAACAGAAAUACUGGAAAUGUUUCCUAAUGUUGAAUUUGAACCUGGAUUUGCCGAAGAAGAUGUACUAUUCGACAAAGUGUUCCUGAGUAUCAGAGAGGAAUUGCAUCAACAAUUUCUAAGGAUACAUGGGGUAUUGCUGGAUUUAUUUGACGAUGAUGAUCUGGUAAUUUCCAUUACUUCUCAUGCCGGAACAAUUAGGUCGUUUAUUACUGUGAUUGGACAUCGGAAAUUCACUAUUCCUACAGGGGGGAUGAUACCUAUUGUUGUAAAAGGAGUGAAGCAAUAGUAUUAUUAUAGAUAUUUUAUAGAUAUUUAAUUGGAUUCAUUUUUGAGAUUGUCUUUGUUCAACAUAUUUUAGCUAGGAAAAUACUUUAUAGCCUGUUUAUUCUCUUGCUACUACUCGAUCAAGUUUUCACUUGAAGAAACAGCAGCACUGAUCUUCAUCUGAGAGUAUAUUGUAAUAGGAAUCCUUACAAUAUAUUGUAUUUUAUGAAAUAGAAACUAUAGAUUCGUUCUUUGAGACACUACACCAUG